AUGGCAGCUGCCAGUGACAAGGCCAGGUAUUUCCUCGAACAGUCCGUCCCUGAGCUAAAGGAAUACGAGAGAAAGGGCAUCUUCAGUCCCGAGGAGAUCACCAGCAUCGCCCGCAAACGAUCCGACUUCGAACACAAAAUCAACGCCCGAGGCGCCUCUCCUACCGAUUAUGUCCGAUAUGCCGAGUUCGAGAUCAACGUCGAUACUCUAAGGCGUAAGAGGGUGAAGAGACUGGGCAUCAAGGCCACCGCUCACAAUGGCAAGCGCCGCAUCUUCUUCGUCUUUGAUCGUGGAACUCGAAAGCAUCCUGGCGACGUGGCAUUGUGGAUGCAGACCAUUGCAUUCGCCAGGAAACAAAAGGCGUACAAGAAACUCCAGGAGAUCUUCACCAACGUCCUGCGAUUACACCCUACAAAGUCCGAACUAUGGAUUUACGCCGCCCAGUUUGCGGUGGACGACAAUGGCGACAUGACUGAAGCCAGGAGUUACAUGCAACGUGGACUGAGGUUUUGCAAGAAUGCGAGGGCCAUGUGGCUGGAAUACGGCAGACUUGAAAUGACUUACGUUGCCAAGAUUCAUGCUCGCCGGGAGAUUUUGGGGAUCGGGGCAAAUCGACCAGAGGAAGGGGCAGAGCUGGAGGACGACGAGGAUCUCAUGAAAUUACCCAAGCUGACGUCGCUCGAUAUAGACCCUAACCUUGAAGGGGACGAAAUCGAUACCACUGGCUUGCAAAACCUCGAGUCUACACCUGCCAUGAGUGGUGCCAUCCCCGUGGCUAUAUUCGACGCUGCGAUGACUCAAUUCGAAGAUCCGGAAUUCGCGUUAGACUUCUUCCAGAUGGUCAUCAGCUACGAUCAAAUUGCAACUUGUCAUAAUAUCGCGACUCACAUCACAGAGAGGCUAUCGAGAACCCAUUCCGGCAGUUGGCAAAGUUUCGCAUGCUCCAUUCACACUCCAUUGGUUUCCGUGGCUGUGGCCAACCCAGACUAUCCUCAGGCCUUCAGACAAUCACUGUCCAUAUUGAGAGAGGCACAGAACAAGACUGAGAAGAGCAAGAUCAACACUUGGGCUCGAUCGUGGCUACAUCGCCUGGUCGAGGAGGAGGAUCUUGAUCCAGGAAUCAAAACCGUGGGAGAAUCAGUCCUGCGAUCCCUGCAGUGA